GAGGGCCGCCCAGCCAUGUUGAGGAGUCUGUCAAGCAAACUGCAGCCCGCCAUUGUGUAGAACCAGGCUCUGUAGAGAGAUAAGGGUGCUUGGCUGAAACUCUUCAGUAGCUUGAAAUUUUUUUUCACCCUGCCGCUUUUAUUUAGGGGUAAAUACAGUUACACAGGCUCCGGGGGGGAAAGACAUGUCAGCCAGCAGCCUUCUUGAACAGAGACCGAAAGGCCAAGCUAAUAAAGUGCAAAACGGAGCUGUGACCCAAAAGGAUACUUUGAAUGACGAUGAAUUUGAGCCUUACCUGAAUACUCAGGCCAGACAGAGCAAUGCCUAUACGGCCAUGUCGGAUUCGUACAUGCCCAGCUACUACAGCCCCUCCAUAGGAUUUUCCUACUCCCUAAAUGAGGCAGCAUGGUCCACAGGUGGGGAUCCUCCUAUGCCUUACCUGGCCUCCUAUGGACAGCUGAGCAAUGGGGAACCCCACUACCUCCCGGACGCUAUGUUUGGCCAACCAGGCCCCCUGGGGAGCAACCCAUUCCUAGGUCAGCAUGGCUUCAACUUUUUCCCCAGUGGCAUCGACUUCUCGGCAUGGGGCAAUAACAGCUCUCAGGGACAGUCGGGGACACCACAGAGCUCUGGCUACAGCAGCAGCUAUGCCUAUGCUCCCAGCUCGCUUGGGGGUGCCAUGAUUGAUGGACAGUCCCCGUUUGCACCUGCUGCCAACGAGCCCCUUAACAAGGCACCUGGUAUGAACAGCCUGGAUCAGGGCAUGGCGGGGCUAAAGAUCGGUGGCGCUGCUCCUGGUGGUAAUGGGGACUUGGCGCCUAAGGUGGUUGGCUCUGGAUUACCUGGUGGGGGUCCCCUUGGCCCCGUAUCAUCUGUUGGACCUCCUAGCAUGCCUCCUGUCUCAAUCGCCCCUGCCAAACCUGCCUCCUGGGCCGAUAUUGCCAGCAAGCCAGCCAAGCCCCAACCCAAGCUUAAAACUAAGGGUGGCAUGGCUGGUGCCAAUUUGCCUCCUCCGCCCAUUAAACACAACAUGGACAUCGGCACUUGGGACAACAAGGGCACCAUGCCUAAAGCCACCACUCCUCAGCAGGUGCCCCCUAUUCCCAGCAACGGGCAGCCGCCCAAUCAGGCUUCCCCACAGCCUGGAACUACUGCUGUAGGGAACCCACAAAUGCCCAUGAGCAAUGGACAACUGGUUCCGCCUGUAUCCCAGAUGGGUCAGCAUCAGCUUCCACCCACUGGGCAGCCAGGUAUGGCUCAGAUGCCCCAGCCUCCUCUCUCCCAGGGUCCUCCUCCUCCACCAAGCCAACAGCAGCAAACCUCUCAACCUACCCGCUGGGUCCCACCACGGAAUCGGGCCAAUGGAUUUGGGGAAACCAGUGGGAGUGGAACAGGCCAGUCUCCUCCCACCUCUUCAGGUGUGGGCGUGGUUCCUGGGGUCCCUUCGGAGCCUCACCCAGUUUUAGAGAAGUUGCGUAUGGUCAACAACUAUAACCCGAAGGACUUUGACUGGAAUCCCAAACAGGGCAGGGUGUUUAUCAUCAAGAGCUACUCCGAGGAUGACAUUCACCGCUCCAUCAAGUAUAACAUCUGGUGCAGCACGGAGCAUGGUAACAAGAGGCUUGAUACAGCUUACCGUUCACUGGGUGGCAAAGGACCACUUUAUCUUCUGUUCAGUGUGAAUGGGAGUGGUCACUUCUGUGGUGUAGCAGAGAUGCGCUCACCCGUGGACUACAACACGUCUGCUGGCGUGUGGUCGCAGGACAAGUGGAAGGGUCGUUUUGAUGUGCGCUGGAUCUUUGUUAAGGACGUUCCCAACAGUCAGCUGAGGCACAUUCGACUGGAGAACAACGAAAAUAAGCCAGUGACCAACUCUCGGGACACACAGGAGGUACCACUGGACAAGGCCAGGCAGGUGCUAAAGAUCAUCGCUGGAUAUAAACACACCACUUCCAUCUUCGAUGACUUUUCUCACUACGAGAAGCGUCAGGAAGAAGAAGAGUGUGUGAAAAAGGUGGAGGUCCAAGGCAGUGAGCCAUAUCCCAGCAACCCAAGCAACAGAAGUCAUUACAGGCUUCAGGAGCGCCAAGGACGAGUCAAGUAACAGCUGGUUCUUUGGUCAGAGACUGCAAUGGCCCCCCUUAAAGCCCUGUCUACCCCAUUACAUCAUUACAUCCAGAUCUCUUAAAGAAAUUCUAAUAGGGGUGAAGAAUUAACAAAGGACAGAAAAACUAAAUGAAGACUUUGAUUUCUUUUGACUUUAAAGACUUACUUUGAACUUGUAGUAAAAAGAAAAGGAAACAAUUAUUCAUAGGACUACAACUAAAUGCAUAGCAUCCUUAGGUGAAAUCUUUUUUUUGCCCCACCCCAUUCCACUACAUAUGCUUUUUUUUUUCCCCUUGUAUGCUGCUUUUUCCUUUUACUUUUUUUUAAUGAAAGGAUCAGUCUCUGUUUUUAUGGUCCAAGAGCAGAUCUGUAAUUCUCACACAAACACAAAUCAAAUAGAAAUUGUAGUGUUGACUAAUAAUAGUGUCCCAAAGUGAAAAAUGGGCAGUUUGUCUCAUUUUCUUUGUACCCCUCCCUCCCCUCCAAAAAAAAACAAAAAAAAAAAACAAAAAACUGUCAUUUGAGGAUGUUCAAAUCUUCAACCAGGACCCAGCAGAGUUUCCUCCUCGGUGGAUUUUCAUCGUAGGCGGUUGCCAACUACGCUCACUCCACAAUCUCUUUUUACAUGCUUGCCAUGUUUUUGUUUGAGAGGACUGCAAAUGUUCAGAAAAGCCCUUCAUUUUGUUUUCCAGUGUGCUGGAUGGAGUAUAUGGGGUGGUAGGGUCAGGAGGAUCUAAAACAAA